AACACGCAAACAUCGUGACAACUGACAGUUUAAAAUUAUUUAAGUAAACGUAAACAAUAUUGACAACUUUCGCGAUUUUGAUUAUUUCUAAACAUUAAUUCGUGUUAAAAACCCCCAGAUAAUGUUGUUUUAGCCCCUAACUUCGUUUCUGGGGUAAUGUAAGUACGAAUCAUUCAGUUUCCAUAUGGUAAUUAAGUGACGUGGCUUUAACAUAACCUCACACACUCGCUUACAACAAAAAUUCUCCGUGUUUACGUACAAUAAUGGAAAGACGGUCAGUAAAAAAACGAAGCAGCGAAUCUCUACUCAUGGAAAAUGGUGAAACCCCGCAAAUUCACCUUCCUACUAAUUUAAAAGGGGACAAAAGAAACAUCGCACUUCUGCUAUGUUUGUACACCCUUCAAGGGAUUCCUUUGGGGCUCAGUUCCGCGAUUCCAAUGAUUCUCCAGAAUCGCGGCGUCAGCUACAAGCAACAGGCUGAGUUUAGUUUUGUCACAUGGCCAUUUAGUUUGAAGCUUCUGUGGGCCCCAAUAGUGGAUUCGAUUUUUUCAUCACGAGUAGGAAGGCGGAAAACGUGGCUAAUACCCACACAAUACUUAAUAGGUGCAUUUAUGUUAUUGUUGAGUGGCCACGUUGAACAGUGGUUGGGGAGUGAGGGAGUCGAACCAAAUAUUGAAAUUUUGACAUUCCUGUUUUUUUCUUUGAAUUUUUUGGCUGCCACUCAGGACAUCGCGGUGGAUGGGUGGGCCUUAACUAUGCUAAAAAAGCGUAAUGUUGGACACGCGUCGACUUGCAACAGUGUUGGACAAACAGCUGGAUUUUUCUUGAGUUAUGUGGUGUUCAUGGCGCUGGAGUCAGCCAGUUUUUGUAAUAUGUAUAUGCGGAGUGAGCCUGAAGAUACGGGUAUUGUUACCCUUCCCGGAUUCUUGUAUUUUUGGGGGUGGGUAUUCGUUGUCAGUACAACCCUGGUUGCCUUACUUAAAAAGGAAGUUGAACCACGUGACUCAGAACAUGAAGUUGUUCAUGACAGGGAUGUACAAACUGCCUACAAAUCACUCAAGGACAUUCUUGCCUUAAGGCCUGUACAGACUUUGGUUAUAAUCCUACUAACUUGUAAAAUUGGAUUUUCUUCAACUGAUAGCGUAAUGACGCUUAAGCUGGUUGAGGCUGGAAUCCCCAAGGAGCGUUUAGGAUUAAUGGCCAUUCCUUUAAUUCCUGUACAAUUGGCGCUACCUUUGGUCAUAGCAAAGUACACGACAGGUCCCCGCCCCCUUGAUAUUUUUGUCAAAGCUAUCCCGUAUCGAUUAUUAUUUGGGUUUGUUGCGGCCUUUAUGGUCUGGGUAACCCCAAUUCUUGUCCCUGAUGCCUCCCAAGGCUUACCUUUCCUAUAUGUUAUGUUCCUGGUUGGAUGCUAUGCGUUGCAUCAAGUGUGCGUCUAUUGCAUGUUUGUGUCAAUCAUGGCCUUCUUUGCCAAGAUUAGUGAUAGUUCAGUGGGGGGUACUUACAUGACCCUACUCAACACAGUCACUAAUUUAGGGGGUAAUUGGCCUGCUAUGUUGGCACUAUAUUUUGUUGAUCCACUAACUUGGAAACAGUGUGAGGGUGGAACUGAAAGUUUAGAUAAUACUUGUAGGGAUUCAUUAGAAAAAGAAUUAUGUGUGAACAAAGGUGGGAAGUGCGUCACCAUAUUAGACGGUUUCUACAUAGAAACAGCAAUUUGCGUUGCCAUAGGUUUCAGUUGGCUGCUCUGGGGCCGAAAAAAAAUUAAUUACGUCCAAUCCCUGGACGAUUAUUCCUGGAAGCUUCAGAAGAGGAAGAGAUAGUGAUCGGUUUUAUGCCACAUAAUUAUCAAUGUUGGUUUUUUUUUUUGCACGGUUUGAAAUUGUCCAUAAUUCAAGUUUGACGCAUUUGAAUUGCAUUUUUGUUGUUAGCUCAAAUUUUUAAAGGAAAUUAUAGUAAUUUAUUUUGUUUUAGUACGUUAAAGAGCGUACGCGGCGUGUUCUAAUUAAUGCACUGUUGUACGAUUACGGAGUAUUUAUGUUUUGUUAGUGAGGUAGCGCAAUUUGUGAUAGACGGGAAGUGCACACGCUUCCCGUCAUUAGAUGGCGCUGCCGUUACAAAGUUUAUAAUUUUGUAUUUCUCGACCAGAAGACAAUAUCACUAGUGUGUGAUUUUUUUGAACAAAAUAAAAAAAAUAAUUUUCCUA